ACUCCUACAUAAAAUGUAACAAAGGAGAAAAGAGUCAUUAGACAAGAAAUUUUGUUACAUUUUGAGAACGAUGCAGACAAGGCAUCCAACAUAAGACUAGUAACAACAUUGUUUUCUCUUGUAGCUGGAUUCUCUGCUUGAAACAAAAAGGACUUACAGAUAAAUGAGUUUACUACACAUUUUACACAAAGAUAGCAGCAACAGACAUGGCAAAAAGCUUGGACUUUGGAGCUUUCAUGGAGAAAUUUACUCUCCAGCCUGGCCCUUCACCGCACCAACUCCCUUUGAGUGGCCUCACUUUUGCUGUUAAAGACAUAUUUGACAUAGAGGGAUAUGUCACUGGCUUUGGAAACCCUGACUGGGCGAGGACUCAUUCAGCUGCCACAUCAACAGCACCGGCUGUGAUGGACCUCUUAAUGGGAGGUGCAACUUGUCUGGGAAAGACUGUCAUGGAUGAAAUGGCAUACUGUAUGUAUGGAGUCAAUAAACAUUAUGGCACUCCCACAAAUCCUUGUGCACCAGAUAGGGUGCCUGGAGGAUCUUCUAGUGGCUCUGCCGUUGCAGUAGGUGCAAUACUGGUAGAUUUUGCCCUAGGAACUGACACUGGAGCAAGUGUAAGAGUCCCUGCAUCAUAUUGUGGAAUUCUUGGAUUUCGGCCUUCACUUGGUGCCAUCUCUACUGUAGGAGUUGUUCCUAUGUCACAGAGUUUUGAUACUGUGGGAUGGUUUGCUCGGGACCCUGUGAUUUUAAACCAUGUUGGACGUGUUCUUCUGCAUUUACCUGAUGUGGAUCCUAUCAAACCAAGUCAGAUUAUAAUUCCAGAUGAUUGUUUCCGCCUAUCUAGUGUUCCAAGUGAUCGAACAGCCCAAGUUCUUGUAAAGUCAAUUGAGAAGCUCUUUGGAGGUCAAUGUGUAAAGCAUGUAAUCCUUGGAGACUAUGUGAAGGACAAAGUACCAAGUUUGCAGCAUUUCAUACAUAAGGUAAACGAAGACCAAGAGGAUGAUAUACCACCAGCCUUGGCAGCCCUUUCAAGUUCAAUGCGAUUACUUCAAAGGUAUGAAUUUAAGAAUAACCAUGCUGAAUGGGUCACCAAAGUGAAUCCGGAUUUUGGUCCAGAAAUAUCUGAGCGGAUAUGGGAUGCCAUUAAAGUAACAGGAGAAAAUAUUGAUUUCUGCCACUCUGUCAGGACCGAAUUACGUGCUGCACUUACAGCUCUGCUUGGGGAUCAUGGCGUCCUUGCUCUCCCAACAACACCAGGGGAACCACCAAAAGUGCAAGCAAAUCCAGCCACAUUGGAUUUAUUUUUUUCUAGGCCUUUUAGCUUGUUGUCCAUUGCUGGAGUGUCUGGAUUCUGUCAGGUCAGCAUACCUCUAGGGAUGCAUGAUAAUGUUCCUGUGGCAAUUUCCCUGGUGGCAAAACAUGGUUCAGAUGCAUUCCUGCUCAAUCUUACUGAGAGUUUAUAUGACACCCUCAAAGAAGAAAUUGGUAUGCUGAAAGAAUAAAGUGCUAAUUUCACUGUCUUUGACAAAUUAUCAGGGCUAGAAAUUAUCAUGCCACUGAAUUCUCGUACUAAUAGUGUUAAUGCAGCAUUACAAUCUGCAGAAGCAUGAGACAUUGUUCCACAAUUCCUAUUUCUCGAUCUUAGUCCAUGCUCAUUGUAGAAUCCAAUGUUAAUUGUAAAAUAUAUAGGAAGAUAAUUGCUGCUCAGUUUGUAUAACAUAUAGUUUAAGUUCGAACACUGCUCUUAAAGCUGUUGUCUUCAAUAAUAUUAUUUGUCAGCUUCGAUAUC